CCACCAAGCUGAAGUCAUGAGGACCCUGCUUUCCUUCCUCCUUCUGGCCGCUCAAGGACUCCUCCUGGAGGGCACAGAGAAAAUACAGAUAGAGAGACGCAGCAUAGCAUCCAUGGAUGAAAAGCUACCUCUGUGCAAGCCUGAAAUUGUGGAGAGAACCUGGAAACAAAUUGAUGCAAUUGGUGGCAGGAUUGUCACCCGGGACGAGGCCAUAUGUACUGUAACUGUGAUGGAGCAGGGGAAGGACACUGCCCUGAAGGUGGACUGCACCCGACUGGACAACCAUUUUUCCUGUGUCUUUGCUGGUAACCCAACUUCCUGCUUAAGGUGUGUGAGAAAUGACAUAUGGUACUGGAGACAAAUUGCCCAGAACUUGCGCAGAUUGAACCACAUCUGUGAAGACUCACGUGUGGCUCUGAAGACCAGGGUGUGCCGCCGCUUUCCAGAAUCCCACCUUAAGCUGGUGUACUCCACUCUGAUCAAUGAUCCAAGUGAGGAUGACCCGUGGUGGCAUCUCGUGGUCAAACAGGACCCCUACAUGGUUUGCAAAUGUGUCAAACAUGUUUUUCCCAAACCACCCUGUGAUAGGACCACACAGCCCACCACCACCACACAGCCCACCACUAACACCACACAGCCCACCAUCACACAGACCACCACCACCACCACCACCACCGAGCCCACCACCACCACACAGACCACAACCACCACACGGCCCACCACCACCACCAAGCCCACCACCACCACACAGACCACCACCACCACCACUGAGCCCACCACCACCACACAGCCCACCACCACCACACAGUCCACCACCACCACACAGACCACCACCACCACCACUGAGCCCACCACCACCACACAGCCCACCACCACCACACAGUCCACCACCACCACACAGACCACCAGCACCACCACUGAGCCCACCACCACCACACAGCCCACUACCACCACACAGACCACCACCACCACCACUGAGCCCACCACCACCACACAGCCCACCACCACCACACAGUCCACCACCACCACACAGACCACCAGCACCACCACUGAGCCCACCACCACCACACAGCCCACUACCACCACACAGACCACCACCACCACCACUGAGCCCACCACCACCACACAGCCCACCACCACCACACAGUCCACCACCACCACACAGACCACCACCACCACCACUGAGCCCACCACCACCACACAGACUAACAAGUCAGGGUCGACCUCUGCGGGUGCCACCUGCUCCCCACUGGAGCCGGUCGCUUACCAGGAGGAUGAUGAUGACAAGCACAUGAAGACACCACAAGGUGACGAACCAGCUGCAAUAACGGGGACGUCGGAUUACAUCAACAACUUUCCCUGCAGAAGCUGCUUCGCUCUGAAGAGGCGUGGCUGGGAGGAGUAUGAUAAAGAUCUGUGGGUGAGACAGCUGCAAGCCCGCGAGCUUCUUCCUGCAUCUGGCACUGCACUGGAUCUGCACGCCCCGGACAAGCGUCCAAACUCCGUGCACAUGGAUGCUCGAGUCAACACCACCUUCCAUGUCCCCUGCCAUGUCCGUUCUCAUCAAGUGGUUACCCAAGUCCGUGUAGAGCUGUGA